GUUUAAGUAUGCUGUUGGAUUAUGGUGUGUGGAGCCCAUGUACGUGGGAUUAUUUUGAGAUCAAAAUCCGUGGGUCUAUGGAUUAUAAAAUCCUACCUAUUUAGAUGGGAUGUUGUGGGAGGCUAAAACUCAUGAUGGUAAAUGACGAGUCUAUCCUAAUCUUUUUCAAUAUUUUCUUUAUUGAACAUCGAGGACAUAAAUCAUUAAGGAUACAAAUGUAAAUUCAGCCUAUAAUUAAUAAAUCCCAAGGGAAGAAAUCCAUUAUGAAAUCCAACAAGCAAAUCAUCACUUUUUAAAAUCCAACACAAAUCCAAAGGGAAAUGAUCAAUUUCGUAUGGAAAUGCAAGUGAUUCCUUUUUGGUGGGAGUUUGUUUAGAUAGAGUGCAGAAGUUAUUUGCUGUUUUGUGGACGUUUUGUCCUCGUAUUUUGGACCGCCUUUACCGAUUUGGUUAAAGGGAGCAUCAAUGAAAGCCAAAUUACCAAUUUAUCGAUAAAAUCCAGAGUUUUACUUAAAUCCUUAAUUUUUUAAAAUUCUAAAGACAAACGACCUCUAAGUCAACAAUAAGCAGUUUGGAUUUAUUUUAGAAGGUGGGCCAUGUAGAGGCCGAAGCUCCAGAACCAGAAGGAAAUGAGGCACGAACUUGUGUGUUUUCAUCGGAAGUGGAAUGAAGAAUAAAUCGUGUGUUUAUUAUGGAUGUGCAGGAAUAAAUAAUGAUUACAUGAGAGAUUACAUGAUGGUGGAUAGAAAAAGAGUGGAGAGUUUGUACUUUGUAGCUAAGUGGUACAAAGCAAUGCAACAAAAUGCAGUUGAGAAAAACAAAUAGAAAAUAUUUUUUUUAUUAUUAUAUUGUACUAGUGUGGGCCCCGGCCAGUUGGCCAGAGGAAGGUGAGGUAUGAAGAGAUGGCAAUGGGUCGGGUUGGGUCGGGUUUUUUCAAACCCAAACCCAUGAGUUUAUCCGUGAAAAAAACCCGGGGUAAAACCCACUGGGUUUGAAAAACUCAAACCCAACCCGCUGGGUAUCCGCGGGUUCAUGGGUACCCACGGGUUUUUGUCGUAAAAAAUUCACAAUAACAAAUUCCUAUCAAAAUUAAAGUCAAAUAUCAAUCUCCCAAUACAAAUUAUCCAUAUAUAAACACCAUUCUAGAAAAUUCAAGCAAAUCACAAAUUAACUAUACAAAUUGUUCAACACCAAUCUAGAAAACUCAAGAAAAUUGAAGCAAAUAAAAAAUUAUCCAUAAAUAACAUGAUUAAUUGAAAACUUCUUCCUUUCAAUUAAGUUUUUCACUCUCCACUCGAUAACAUCAACUUCAUACUACAUAACUAGAAAGAAAAAAUUAGGCAUGUCUCCACAAACAUAAAUAAAAUUAGUUGUUUAGAAUAUUAAAUAUGCCGAGAAAAUUAAUUAUAUGGGUGUGGGCGGGUACCCAUGGGUCGGGUUUACCUAAACCCAAACCCAACCCAACCCGGUGAAUAGUGAACGGGUUUAAACCCAAACCCAGCCCAAAACCCGUCAACACGGAUUUUACCCGCGUUGACCGGGUUGGGUCGGGUGGGUACCCGUGGGUUCGGGUUUUGUUGCCAUCCCUAAAUGUAAUGGGGUGUAUAGCUUAUUGUUGUAUAGUUUUUUUUUUGGAAACACGUGAUAAAAAUAGUGAAUUUUAGCAGGAAAGAGACAUGAAUGAUGCAACGAAUCAAAAAUCGGCCUUAUGAACCAAAAUCAAGUACCUGUUACCUUGUGAAACUAUAUUGUUUCUGGUAAUAUGAUGAGGUGAAGUAAGUUUUAUAGAAACCGAAUUCCAGGAACUCGAAUAAAAAAUCGCCUAUCCCCUCGGUUUCCGGGAAAUGAGCAGCUCACAAUCGUUGCUAGCUUUUACUCGGCCCGUUGGCCGAUUAACCUGCUUUAUAAAACUUUUAUCUUGUCGUCAUUGUGCUUUCUGGUUUUUGUCAGGCCAUGAUAAAAUCUAAGGGAAUCAAGAACGAACAACACGAUUUGGGAUAGGAACCGCCGUUGUCGUAUCCCUAUAAAAUGGUGGUAAACACGGACUCACCUGCCAAACUGGUUUGGAUUGAGAUUUUUAUCGGGUAUCAGGGAACCAUGUGAUUAUAAAUUAGACUUGAUCAAAACGGGCCAAAACUUGAAAUUCAGCAUGUUUGACCGACCCAUGCCAAAUUCUAAUUAUUCUUUAAUUUUAAACUUUCUAUUUGAAAUUAAAAAAUAGUGAAAGAAGAGAUGACUGCAAUUCGCCAUUUGCACAUCACUUAUUCGGGAAUAAAACCAUAGAAAUUCAAAAGGAACUGAACAUGUUUAGGAACGUUUUAAUGUUUAACCAUUGAAUAAUUAUAAUUUGAUCAUUAUGAUAUCAAAUAAUUAUAUAAUAUAUAUUUGAAAUGAUAAAAAUUGGACUAAUUGGGUUGGUCGAGGUUGAACCAUUGAAUAACUUUAAAAUACAUUAUAUUUUAGCCACUAAGAUAUAAAAUAAUAGCAUAAUAUAUAUUAUGUCAGAGAAAAUAGCUUGUUUUAGAAUGACAAACCAAUGACGUUCAUUUGUUUUACUUGAUGGCCAAAUCCCGUGUAGGUCAGACUCAUUCAAAUCUUUUAUUUUAUGGUUAGCGGUUAGCCCAUUAGAUACCAUUCAUUAGUUUAUUGUUAAAUUUUUUAUUUUUAGCAAUAAAAAGGACUAUUGUUUUUGCCUUUUCAUAUAUAUUUUAUCACCAUGGAGAAAUAAAAGGACUUAAAGAAAAAAAUUGACACUCUUGGACCCGUUUAAAUCCGCAUGUGUACGGUAAGUUGACCCGUUCCACAGAGAAAAGAGAAAAAAAUUGACACUCCAUAUUCUACCCUUCCUACAAACGCUCAUGGAGCAUGGAAUUUGAAAUGGGGGAAGAGUUUUUUCCUCCUUGCUAUUAUAUGUUUUUAAUUUAAAAAUAUACAACAAAUCUACUUAGUGUGAUUGGUUAUGAUCUUUGCUUUUCUUUAAAAUGAUCAUGGUUCGAAUCCCAGUCCUUCCUACUUUCACUCUCGUUGCAGGAAAUUUGAAAUGGGGAAGCUGUUUUCCCCUCUAGCGUAUUAUAAGUAUAGAUAGAGAUAGAUGCUUGACAUGAUAAGCUCCAUCAUUGUCGACUAAGCAUUAUUUAUAACCUUCUGAUAUAUCAUUUACUUUCUUUACCGUUUUAAAACGACAAAAAUUUAAUUCUCAUUAAUUGUGCGUUUGCCGAGUAUGAGUAAUUAAGGUCCUCUACACUUCUUAGCUUAUAUAUAAAGAUAGAUAAAUCUAAGUCAUGGCAAUAUACCAAAGAAAACAGUUUAGUUUGAACAAAAUUGGAUUGUAUCCAUACGGAGAACAAAGACAUCAUGGUCAUGAUAAACACCAGAAUAAAUGUGUCAUUAGUUCUUAUAAUAUUUUUUGUUGCUAACAAUGGCUCUCAUCAUUUGUGCAAUGCAUACACUUACAAGGCUUGUUAUGAGCGUUGCACAGGGGUGGACAAAUUGCCCGUUUCAACAAAUCCUAGUUUGACGUUCCCUCCUGACGCUUAUGACGCGCUUUACAGAUCGUGUGAAAAUCAUUGUGGUCAUCUUCUUCGGGGGACUACACCCAAAGAUGCUCCGAAGAUUAAACCCAUCAAAUUCUUAUAAUAUUCAACAAAUAGAUUCCUAUCGUAUAUGAGAAUAAUCAUUGUCGUGUAACAUAAAUAGUACAAAUAUGUAUCCUUUCGUUUUGAAUUUUAAUGAUCUCACUAAAAUAAUUAUAUGUCAAAAAAAUGUAUGUUGCCUUGGCUUCAUGUGAACGUUAUGUGUGCAAAGAGAAUUUAAUUAUGAUAAUAAACAUACACUAAAAAUGUAGGGGUUUUAACUCCAAUAUUAUUGUUAAUUGCUGUUAUUCUUCAUUUUGAAUAUUCUCUAAUAUCUAUGCAUGCACGGUUCACGGUUGCAUAUACUUGUAAUGCAUGCCAAUUUGAAUCGCUGUAUGGAGCACAAAUUCAAGGACAUGGUUAGCUUUAAUACUGAUAUAUAUCAUAUAUGAGAAUAUUCAGUUGCAUAUACUUGUUAAUUGCUAUUUAUGGUCAUCAACAAAACUAUCCAGUAUGGUUGUGAUUAUUUUUUUUUUCAAAGAUAUCAUGGUCCAAAUCUUGAUAUUGAUACUUUUUAUAGGAAGUAGAUAAAUAAUCGUGAUGAAAAAAAUACUCUUACUACUUUCACUCUUGUUUCACAAAAUUUGAAAUGAAAAAUCUUAAAACAUUGAAUAUAUCUUAUAGAAAGAGCUUCUUCAACCAAGUAGGUAUUUUACCUGAAAUGAUUUUAUCUUAUGGAAAGUGCUGAAUUGUGAAAUUGAAACUCAAACAACAUUGAUUCAAACAUUAAACAUUAAAUUGUAUGUGUAGUUCAGUUUAGACGAAAUGCAUGUGUGCAGCCAAAACAUGGAUCUUCGUGACAGAUAUAGUAAUUUUUUUGUCAAAUCUACAAAAAAAAUAUAAAGAUAAAUUGGGCGCUAUGACGAAAAAGAAGUUCGCAGAAUCACUCUCAAGCCACGAAAUUUGAAAUGAGACUCUCAUUUUCCAAUUUUAUCAUUAUAUUGUGUAGAUUUGUCACAAAAAAUGACUAUACUCAUCACAAAGGUCCAUGUUUUGGUUACACUUCUGUAUUUUUUCUAAACUAAACUACACAUACAAUUUAAUAUUAAUGUUUGAAUAAAUGUUACUUGAGUUUUGAUUUCAGAACUAAUCUCUUUCUAUAAAAUAUAAAUAUAGAAGCAUCAUCAGCAAACAUAUUCCUAGAAUUUCAUCAAAGAAAUAAAAGUAAAUAUAAUGUAGCCUAGUUGGUUAUUAUGCUCUUUCUUUAUUUAAGUGACCAAGGUUCGAACUCUAUGAUAACAUUUUUAAUACAUAAAGAUGAACUAGGUGCAAUAACAAAAAUGACAUUCCUAGAAUCACUCUCAGGCCACGAAAUUUGAAAUGGGACAAUUUCAAUCCAUGUUUUGCCUUUAUAUAUCAUGUAGAUCAUCAUGCUCGUGCUUUGUAUUCUUAUGUUAUGUUAUGUGCAUGAUUUAUUAAGAAUCAAAACGAGAGGGAGGAGGAAUAGGGACCGGAUAGAAUAACAACACCCAUUUUGUUGUUACUGUAACAAGAGGGAUAUAAAGAUAUAUUGAAAAAUUACAAGUUGUAUUAACACCCAAAAAGCGAUGAAUUAAAUUCUAAUUUCCCAGUCUCCGCUUCCUGUACAUAUUCUGUUACGUCGGAUCUCUCUAUUCUUCCCAACAAUUGCAGCGGAGGCAUCACCAGAAAAUUGAGUUCAUCGCCGCUCACUUCAACCUCCGCCUCACUUUUUUGUUGCCGUUUUUCUUCAUCGACGAAAAAUCUAGAUGGUGACGAAGAGGGCAGUAGUCGUCAAAGCUCGAAUCAGGCUUUGAGCACGAUCGCGGCUUCGUGUGCCCGAAAUGGACCUUGCCAAAUCUCCACUGCUUCCUAUUCUGCCUCCUCGACGCCAAUCCGAAGACGAGGAUCACUUUCGACGAAAUCCACAUACCCAAAUCCCUUCCUCUUCUCCCCUCCCGAUCCCGUUCGUUCCUUACCUUCCAUCUCCAGAAAAUCCACACAUCUUCUCUCUCCCUCGAUUGUCUCUUCCCCAGUCUCUCUUCUCAAUCCGGGGUUUAUUGUGGGGGGGAAUAAUGAUAGUAUAACCAAAACCCUAGAUCUUGCAAAGCCCAUUAGAGCUUGGCUUGGGCCCCCGAUCUUCUGUCCCUUUUCUCUCUCGCUCACUCGAAAAUCGCCCAAAGUUGUGUUUAUGGUAUGCAUAUCACCUAUAGUUGUGUUUAUUGUAUGCAUGUAGGAGUUACUUGUAUGCAGACGAUAAUUAUCUCGAAACCUCCAAAUGGAUAUCACAAAUAUAGUAAAACAAACCACAAAAAUCAUACUAAAAACUUUCUAAUGCAGACCACAAAUCGCCUAAAAUAUACUAGAAAUCCCACAAAGCAAACCACAAAAUAUUUCAUAUGCACACCAGAAACCUCAUAAUGCAAACCAGAAACGUCGUAAUGCGGACCAAAAAUCUAUUAAAACAAACCAGAAACCUCACAAAGCAAACUACAGAAUUUUCAAAAACACACCAGAAACCUCAUAAUGCAAACCACAAACAAGAUAAAGCAAACCACAAAAAUAAAUCAGAAACGUCCUAAUGCAGACAAAAAAUCUAUUAAAACAAACCAGAAACCUCACAAAGCAAACCACAGAAUUUUCAAAAACACACCAGAAACCUCAUAAUGCAAACCACAAACACGAUAAAGCAAACCACAAAAACAAACCAGAAACAUCCUAAUGCAGACAAAAAAUCUAUUAAAACAAACCAGAAACCCCGCAAAGCAAACCAAAUUUUAUCAAAAGCACGCCAGAAACUUCUUAAUGCAAACCAGAAACCACAAAAUGCAUACAAAAAAUAUGAGAAACCAAACCAUAAAUCUCACAAUGCACACCACAAUAUCCAGUGAUCGUUGACCAAACUCCGACGACCGUCAUUGAGCAGAUUCCGGGGCCGAUAGGCAUAUUCCGGCGCCGAUGACUAGAUUCCGAUGUCGACAAGCAUAUUCUGGCAACCAAAAUUUUGGGCAGAAAAUUUAAAAAUAUUUUUUAUAUUUAUAUUUUUCAUUUUUAUUAUUAUUUAAACAUAUUUUUCAUAAUGACAAUUAUACCCCUGCUUUGAUUUUACACUAUGUCAACUCAGAUAAUAAAAAGUCAUCACAACUCUACCUUUCUAUUGGUUGGAGACUAGUGUUGUUACAAUAACACAAGGGGGUGUUGACGUGUUGUCGUAGUCCGGAGGAAUAUAGAAAAAAAGGCCGGCCGAAUGGAUUGUGUUUCUAUUGAUUAAUUAGGCCCUGUAAGAUUAAAGGGAUCUGUUAGUAACGUUGGGCUUGAGCCCAAAUUUGGCCCAACUUAGUCCAUAGAGUUACAUAAAGACUAAUGGGAAAAUGGCAUUUUCUUUUAGGUUUUAAUAAAAACGUUCUUCUGAUGUGCCUGCAUGUUUCUGGAGAAGGCGGCUAUAAGCAUUAUUAGUAAAUAGUAACCUUCUGACAAAUUAUGUACUUUAUUUACGUUAAAAAUGGAGAGAAAUUUAAUUCUCACUAAUACGUUUGCCGAAUAUGAGUAAUUAAUGUCAUCUAUGUCUUCUAGCUUAUUUAAUUAUAAAGGUGAUAAAUUAUAAGUAAUGAGAAUCUACCAAAUAAAUCAUCUUAGUUUGAACAAAACUUAAUUAUAUUCAUUUGGAGAAUAAAGACAUCACGAUCAUGACAAACACCAAAACCAUUGUGUCAUUAGUUCUUAUACUAUCCAUCGUUGCCCCACAUUUGUGCGCCGCAGACACUUUCAAGGCUUGUUUUAAGCGUUGCACAGGGUUCACAAACAUGCCUAUUUCCUCAAAUUAUAUCCCUGCGGAAACUUAUGAAGCGCUUGACAAGCGGUGUGAUGAUCAUUGUGGUCAUCUUCUUCGAGGGACUCUACCAAAAGAUGCUCCGAAGAUUAAACCCAUCAAACUCUUAUGAUAUUCAACAACUAAAUUUUUAUUGUACAUGAGUAUGUCAAUAAUCACUCUCGUGUAACAUACCCAAUAUAAUUCUAAUGAUAUGAAUAAAAAAAUUAUACAUGUAGGAUAUAUAUAUAUAUGUUGUAUUCAUGCAUUGGCUUAACCUAGCACGUACUAAAAGAUUUUUUUCAGGCCUGUUUAAUAAACUGACAUCAAUCUUUAAUUAGGUAGUAAAAGGAUUACAUCUUGGACAGUUUUUCUUACUAAUAUCCUCCCAACGAAUUUCCUUUUUAUGUGACAGUCUUUAUAAUUUACAGUCAACUAAGCGGAAACUGUUACUCUGUAUCUAUUAGGGAGAAAGGAGCAAAAUUAAAAUUAUUUGCAAAGGCUGUUGUACGUAUGUCGUAUAAUAUAAUUAAGCACGCUUUGCAGACCAAGUAAUGGCAUUAGCAUAUUGAUGAGGCCACUGGUUAGGACUUAGGGUUGUAGGAAGCGAAAGUAUAUAUACGUUGUAUAGCUCGAGAACUGUAUGCUGGUGACCAGUGAUUAGUGAAUAAGAAAAUACAUGUCUUGUAUCAUGGACUCUCAACAAUGAUAGUUGAGGAAAUCACGAAAAUUUUGCUUUGUUAAUUUCAAACCUUAUGCUUGAUCGUGAUGAAUAAGAACAACGAGCCGGUAAUUUUUUUUGAAACAUACAAUUCGUGUUCACGUGAUAUGAAAUGCACAUUAAUUCGUAGUAACUUUGUUGCAAAUCAUUUAUUUUAUUUGCCAUUAAAUAAUAAGAAAUUAAUUGUAGUUGCUUGUACGUAUCUAGGAGACUAAUAUGAUUGAAGGAAUUUAAGAGCAAUGAAAAAAUUAUUAUAGUUAUUGUCUUCAAGAGACUCAACCAAAAGAUGCUUAAAUUAAUCAAAUUCGUAAAAUUGG